AUGUCGGCCACCGACAAGCCAGAGAUCGCCUUCAUUGACGACAGAGAGGCCGAAAAUGGCUCGGAUUCAGAGAAGGGCCCCGUGGUGCGGACCAUUGACAACAUGCGCGUGUUGGGUCUGAGCGACGAUGACGCCGAAUUCUAUGCCAACUUCACACCUGAGCAACGGAAGGCGACCACUCGCAAGGUUGAUUAUCGUUUGGUUCCCAUGCUUGCGAUUCUGUACCUUGCCUCGCAUCUUGACCGUGCCAACAUUGGCAACGCCAAGAUUGAGGGGUUGGCAGAUGACCUUGGCCUUGACGGUGUCCAGUGGAACAUUGCGUUGUCUCUCUUCUUCAUUCCCUACAUUCUUCUUGAGGUGCCUAGCAACAUCCUCUUGAAGAAGUUCAAGCGCCCUUCCGUCUACCUCGGCUCCCUCGUCACGAUUUGGGGAAUCAUCAUGACCCUCCACGGUGUCGUCAAGAACUUUGCUGGUCUCCUGACCGUCCGCAUCCUGCUCGGAGUAUUCGAAGCAGGCUUCUUCCCCGCCGCUGUGUACCUUGUUUCCUUUUGGUACAUGCCGAGAGACCUGGCGAUCCGCAUUGCCUGCUUCUACUGCACAUCCUCGCUCUCUGGUGCUUUCUCCGGUCUUCUGGCCGCUGCAAUCGCCAAGAUGGAUGGUGUGGGUGGCUACGAGGGCUGGCGCUGGAUCUUCUUGCUUGAGGGCAUCGCCACCGUUCUCCUUGGCAUUGCUACCUUCUUCUUCCUGAUCGACACCCCGGCUCUUAGCACCAAGUGGCUGGCCCCCGAUGAGAUUCGUUUCCUUGAGAUUCAGCAUUUCAUCAAGCAGGGCGGCCGCUUCAGAGACGAGGAGAACGAGGAUAAGUUCAAGUGGGGCGACGUGAAGGCGGUCGUCACGAACUGGAGAUUGUACAUGCAGGCGUGGGCCUUGUUGGCUACUUCUGCUUGCAGUUAUGGAACCAAGUUUACGCUUCCCACAAUCACCAAGGCAAUGGGAUUCAACAACACCACGGCCCAGCUGAUGACCGUCCCUGCCUACGUCGCCGGUGCCAUUUCCGCCCUUUUCUUCGCCCGCCUCUCCGACCGCUACUACUGGCGCAUGCCCUUCGUCGCGAUCCCCCUCGGUCUCAUCGCCAUCGGCUACGGCAUCAUCAUCUCCCUCAAGGGCGACCUCUCCGGCAACGUUGCGGCUGCUAUGGUCGGUGUCAUCAUCACCUGCAUGGGCAUCUACCCCAUCCAGCCCGCUGGUUCUUCCUGGGCCUCCAACAACUUGGCUCCCGCAUCCCGUCGUGCCAUCGGUGUCGCCUUCAACAUCUGCGUAGGCAACAUCGGUGGCAUCAUCGGCAGCUACAUGUACCUCGACAGCGAGAAGCCCAAGUACUACACUGGCUUCGGCCUGUCUCUGGCCUUUGGCGGCAGUGGUGUCAUCGUUGCGCUAUUGCUGGAGCUGAGCUACAAGUGGGAGAACAACAGGCGCGACAAGAUGUCCGAGGCGGAGGUUCGUGCCAAGUACACCGAGGAGGAGCUUAUGCGGAUGGGCGACAAGAGCCCGUUGUUCAGGUACACUCUGUAA